AUGCGCGAAGAUUCAUUUUCCAUUUUUCUUAAUUUUCCUUCAACCCUUCCAUACUGUUUUCCUGCUUUCCUACCUGUUGUUCUUCUUCUUUUCUUUUCUUUUCUUUUCUUUUCUUUUCUUUCUUUCUUUCUUUCUUUCAAGAAUGAGUAUUUUCAUUCUUGUUUUUCUUUUCAUUCAAUCAUUUAUUUUAAUUUCUUUCGUCUUGUAUAUCUAUCUAUCUGUAUGUAUGUCUAUCUAUCUAUCUCCUCUGGAAGACAUCCAACAACGGGCAUUCGAAUAUCUGCGUUGCAUAUUCCGUUGUCUGUUACCCUAGGGAGCUGUGCCUCCCCGCGGCACAUCUUUCGUAUGGAUCAAGGCAGAGAAGAGUCAGCGUUCAAGGACAGCUGUGUGUAUUCAGUUGGAACUCAUGAAUUUCCUUGGGAAAGCUAUGAAUUCUUCUCUCCCGUAACCCAGUAA